CAAUUUCAAAGACUUGGGCCCAUUUAAUACUUGUACAUAAUCGGAUACCACAGGUACAGACCGGCAGCAUCCUGUAUUGCAUUGUUGUUGUUGUCUUUUUUUUCUUGUCGCGAGAUACCCAGCUGUAAAUAUUUCAAGCCAAUAGGAAAUUCCAAGAGUCAAUUGGAAGAACCUUCCCUAGCCGUUACAAUCAUAUAUAAUAGAGGUUGACACACUUGCGCUAUGAUUUCCUCACGGUUAGCGAUUCUGAGGUUCAAUAGUGCCGCCAACUUCAAUUUUUUUUUCACCAACACAAAGCGGAAGCUUGUAAUCGAGCAAAACUUCAUUGCCAAUCAAUAUUUAACUUUACGGUAUCGAAGAUCUGUAGGACCAGCCAGACUGGGCGAGUGCAGUGAUACCCUCUUGCAAAAUGUGGCAACCAAGGUGUUGAACUGUCAAGAUAAGGAUGAAAGUAGUAUCCCGGAGAUGUCCGCAAGCGGUACUGGUGAUUCAAAGGAUGCCACCACAAACACCACUUCCCAGAACUCAGGGCCUCAUGAUCAUGUCCCAUUCAAGGUCAAACAAAAGAUAAAGGCUGAGAAAUGUACCGAUCUUGGUUCAGAUCAAAAUCGAUCAGACUUGAAGGCCAUGAUGGCACCAUACUUAAAAUUAACUAAACCUAGACUUACCAUGUUGGUCACGUUGAGUUCUAUAUGUUCUUAUGCACUCUCUCCGUAUACCGUGGCACUCCCAGAAUUAAUAUUUUUAUUGGUGGGGACUUCAUUGUCAUCAGGAGCGGCAAAUGCGAUAAAUAUGGCUCGUGAACCAGAAUUUGAUAAGCAAAUGGCAAGAACAAGUACAAGACCCGUGGUUACUGGUUUGGUUACUCCAGCACAAGCAUACAAGUUUGCCGCUAUUAGUGGGACCUUGGGGUGUGGAUUACUUUAUGUCGGGGUAAAUCCCGUAGUGGCAACGCUUGGUCUUUUAAAUAUCGUGUUGUAUUCAUGGAUAUAUACGUCAUUGAAAAGAAAACAUAUCAUUAAUACAUGGGUUGGAGCAUUGGUUGGAGCGAUCCCUCCCUUAAUGGGAUGGGCAGUUUCUUCGCCACUUACACAUCCAGGAGCGUGGUGUUUGGCAGCACUUCUCUACGCAUGGCAAUUCCCACAUUUCAAUGCGUUAUCGCAUAAUAUCGCAGAUCAAUACAAAAAGGCUGGAUAUGUAAUGACUGCUGCAGAAAACCCUAAGCUCAACGCAAGAGUUGCCUUAAGAUACUCCAUCUUGAUGUUCCCACUUUGCUUUGGUUUAACCUAUUUUGGUGUCACUGAUUGGGUCUUCCCAAUCGAUUCUGCAGUUACCAACGCGUGGAUGACAUACUGGGCUUACAAAUUUUGGGCUCAGCAAAGAGAAAACUACUCGGGGGUAAAAGGUCACCCUACAGCCAAUGGCUUAAACUUGGCAAAUAUCUACGCGAAAAAGCUUUUUUGGUGUUCAGUUUGGCAACUUCCAGUGGUAUUAAUAUUGGCCAUGCUUCACAAAAAGGGUCAAUGGGAUAGACUACUUACAUAUAUGGGGUUUUCUGAUCAUAAGACCCAAUACCACCAACUAGAAUAGAUCAU